GAUAAGGUUCGCCACUCUCCUCUUUCACUUGCCCGAGAAUUCAUUAUAAACUUUCGUCCCGCAUCUGAGCAGCGGAGAGUUCAUGGCCAAAAUCAUAAGCGAAAUCGGCCACCAGUUAAUCCCGUUCCCGCAAUGCCGGCCCGCCACACUCCGCCGUCCGACCGGAAUCCGAUGCUCCGUCUUCGCCACUCCGAGCCACGAAGUGAAUGCAUCUGGAGCCCGAGUCGUCCCAUGGGGCAGCGAGAUUGAAUCCCUGGAGAGCGCCUCCGCGCUUAAGAAUUGGUUGUCGGCUUCAGGCCUGCCCCCGCAGAAAUUGGAGAUCCGAAGGGUGGACGUCGGUGAGAGGGGUCUCGUCGCGCUCAAGAACAUCCGAAAGGGGGAGAAGCUCCUCUUCGUGCCGCCCUCGUUAGUUAUUACGGCCGACUCGGUAUGGAGCUGCCCAGAAGUUGGAAAUGUGUUGAAAAAAAAUUCAGUUCCAGAUUGGCCUUUGCUUGCCACCUACUUGAUAAGCGAAGCAAGUUUCAAGAGCUCAUCAAGAUGGAGUAGUUAUAUCACAGCCUUGCCUAGACAGCCUUACUCACUUUUGUACUGGACACUUACCGAGUUAGACACGUAUUUGGUUGCUUCUCAGAUAAGAGAAAGAGCAAUUGAAAGGAUUACAAAUGUCAUAGGAACGUAUGAAGAUUUAAGACUUAGGAUAUUUUCAAAGCAUCAAGACCUGUUCCCAGAGGAGGUUUAUAACAUUGAUACAUUUCUAUGGUCCUUUGGCAUUCUUUUCUCACGUUUGGUUCGCUUGCCAUCAAUGGAUGGAAAAGUUGCAUUAGUCCCAUGGGCUGACAUGCUCAAUCAUAGUCCAGAGGUUGAAACUUUCUUGGACUAUGACAAAUCAUCAAAAGGUAUAGUUUUUAUGGCUGACCAGUCAUAUCAACUAGGGGAGCAGGUUUUCAUAUCAUAUGGCAAGAAAUCCAAUGGAGAACUGUUGCUGUCUUAUGGUUUUGUGCCCAAAGAUGGUACAAAUCCAAAUGAUUCAGUUGAGUUGUCACUGAGUUUAAAGAAAUCAGACAAGUGCUACAAAGAGAAACUUGAAGCUCUAAGAAAAUAUGGCUUGCAAGUGCCUCAAAGGUUCCCAUUGCAAAUUACUGGUUGGCCAGUGGAGAUGAUGGCAUAUUCCUAUCUUGUUGUCAGCCCACCAAAUAUGAGACAAUACUUUGAAGAGAUGGCUGCUGCUGCAUCCAGUAGAGCUGCAUCUGAGACAGGAAGAAAGUACCCAGAAUUGGAAGAGCAAGCCCUUCAGUACCUUUUGGAUUGCUGUGAAUCAAGCAUAUCAAAGUACUCCAAAUUUCUACAGGAUGGUGAUACACUGAAUUCAGGUCAAUUAAGUGCCAAGCAAGCAGAUCGAAAGUCUCUUCUGAAAAAGCUGGCAACAGAUCUAUGCACCAGUGAGCAAAGGAUACUAUUCCGUGCACAAUACAUACUAAGGAGGAGGUUGCAGGACAUGAGGAACGGAGAACUAAGAGCCUUAACAAUAUUAAAUGGGUUCAGAAAACUUUUCAAAUAAGGAUAGUGGAGAUCGUGUGACAUCCCGGAUCCUGUCAAUGAUAUGAUGUUGGAGCUAUUUUCAUACUUUUGUUGCUAAAUAUAUGUGAUCCGUCAGUGGAGGAUAACAAUUCUACUGUUGCUAGUAACUCAGUUUGUUGCUGUCAUUUUGUAAUGACGGAAACAGAUGAUCGAAACAACAGUGAUUAAUAAGUUCUGUUCUUUUGAACCGCCGUGGAGGCCAUUUUAAGCUAAAAACUCCGAAUCAUUAGGUGUCA